UGGUAAGCUUUCUAAUUUAGGAGUCAGCAUUGAUGCUCUUGGCAAGCUUCCUAAUUGCAAAGUAGAUUGGGUCAACAUGAUUGCUCUUCACAGUCAAUCCAAUAUACCUAGCCAAGCAGACAAUUAUUCCUCAAAAGAAAUCUCUAAUCUUUUUAUUUCAUUUUGGACUCCAUUACUUGCACUUAAUCUCAGUGGCCCUGACACCAUCACUGCCUUUUCUUAUCAAGAUAUCCAGCUCUGGCCCAGACAUCUCCUCAUCUUGAUUGUCCAAUGCUUUCUUGCCUUUUGUGUCAUUAUUUGGUCAGUUGUCCUUUCUUUUCUCUCCGUUUUCUCAAUUCCUCUCUAUCUUGUUGGAAUCUGCAAACACAUAGAGAGUAUUUUGUGUCUUAAAGCCGCCAACUCUUUGGAAUCCAAGCAGUUCGUCUUUAAAAAUCCUGGUCUUCAGUCUCACCCAUUAAUAGAAAAUCAAGAAUCAAAAAAAGUCCUCCUGGGCUAUAUUUUGUUUGCAGCUAUGAGACCGGAUCACUAUGAUUACCUCUGUUAUAAGGAGUAUCCCCUGCCCUUCAAAACGAGAAUGAGAACCUAUCUAAGGGAUACCAAAAAUCAAGUCAAGUCAAUUCUGCAAGGCUUGCUUGAAAGUGACAAGCUAGGGAGUGGUAAUCAUUUGACUUAUUUUGACAUAGCUGUUGUAGAACUGGGAUUUAUAUUUGAUGUUGUUUACACAAAAACUCCUUUGAUUUAUACUUGGAAAGGAUGCAUCCUGCGCCUCAUCAGCUUCACUCUUUCUAUUGGAACUCUGCUUUUCUUCAUCUUCCAGUUAUCAUUCGGGGGUUUGAUGCUGAACAAAAUAGAACCACGUGAUGUUUUCUUAACAAUGUGCAUGUUGGUUGAAACUGUUGCACUGGAUAUUUGUGCUGUGCUCUCAAAUCUUUGUUCUGAUUGGGGAGUAAUUUUUAUGUAUGACAACUGUUCGGCACCCAAAAUUCUCCAGUGUGCCUUGCAAUACCUUCCUUGCUUCUUAAGUCAACAGAAGGAGCGGUCAGCUUGUAUGGGACAAUUUGAUUUGUUGGAUUAUUGCUUGGAUUAUUGCUGGAAUUCUAGGAUGGACCGGGUUUAUAGGUUUCUAAAAAAGCACUGUAGCGAUGAUAUUCUUGAAAAUUAUCUUAGGUCAAAGCAUAAGAAGCCUGUGGAAGUUCCAAGCUAUUUGAAGCCAAAAGAGCUUUACCAAAGUCGGCUAGAUUCCUUCUUCGACUCGAGUAAUUCCUUUGAAGCAACAAGGGGGGAGAAGACGCUUGAUGAACUGGGGCAGAAAGACCUCGAAUAUAGCAUCAAAAUCCACUUUGAUGCUAGUGUCAUAGUCUGGCACCUGGCCACAAGUAUUUGUUACCAUCGAGAUUUCGAGAAUGCCAAUGAUGCUUCCAAUGAAGCCAUGAAGAUCUGCAAAUAUUUGUCAGAUUAUAUGAUGUAUCUGCUGGUCAUGCGGCCUGCUAUGCUACUGCCUGACGAUUGUAGGAGUCUCUCGUUGGAUUGUGCUCUUGAUAAGCUCACGGACCUUGUCUCUAAGGCAUCAGAUAAGAACGCAUCAGAUAAGAACGCUGCUGUGAAUUCACUGUUGGAAGACCUGCCCGAAAUCAGUGCCGAGACUGUGAUGGAGGAUCUGUCAAACGUAAGUGCCGAGAAUGGAAUGGAGAAUCUGCCAAAAUAUGCGGGAUACCUGGCCACAAAAUUGAACCGAAACACAAAUAAAUGGGAGCUGAUAAAGGCAAUGUGGAUUGAAAUGCUUCUUUAUGCAGCACAUUCGGACCAGUAUAUAAACCAUGUUAGGCAGCUGGGAGAAUACGGACGAGAAUUCAUUAGCAUAAUCUGGGUCAUGGGAAGCUAUCGUGUCAUACAAGAUGUGAUAGAGGAGGCUUGUGGAAAGUGAGGAGUAGCCAUUAUGCUCUCAGACUUCGCUGAAGGGAAUUUAUGGGUGCUCAGUGUUGUUGUGUGUUUGCGAAAGUGUUGCCAGUCUCGAUGCAAUUAGUAUCUUUGUUUCUUGCGCAGUCUUUUUGUUUUUGGAUGGUGUGUUUCUUGUGUAAUCUAGUUCUUUGACUUGAAAUAAAUAUCAGACAAUUGU